GCGAUAAAACUUAUCAUUCACGUCAAACUUGGGAUACGUCACUAGAAUCAGACUGUAUGAACGAGUUGUCAAUAUUAUAUAGGCUACGAAAAAAGUGACAGCUUUUAUCAUACAGUCAUCGAAUUUUCCAUUAUAAAAUAUAAUGGAGUCGUAUGAGAGCGUGCUGCUUGUCAAAUCUGAAGUUUUUGUAUUCAAAAUACCGCCGAGGGCUACAAAUAGGGGUUAUCGCGCAGCCGACUGGAAUUUACAAGAACCGUCGUGGACAGGGCGCAUGCGGCUAGUGUCUCAAGGUGAUUCAGUUACCUUAAAACUUGAGGAUAAAAUUACGGGACAAUUAUUUGCGAAAUGUCCGAUUGAAACGUACCCUGGAGUCGCGGUUGAGGCCGUCACCGAUUCCUCGCGAUAUUUUGUUUUAAGAAUUCAGGAUGACAAUGGUCGGACGGCAUUUAUCGGUGUCGGCUUCCUAGAUCGAUCGGAUAGUUUUGAUCUUAAUGUAGCUCUCCAGGAUCACUUCAAAUGGUUGAAAAACAGGGAUCAAAUUGAGAAGGAAAAAGAAACGCCAAAGCAAGAACUCGAUCUCAGAUUUAAGGAAGGAGAAACUAUUAAAAUAAACAUGAAAAUCACGAAAAAGGAUGGAAGCGAAGUCUCAUCCAAGUCUAAACAGCGUUCUAGUGUUGGAAUCGGCUUGCCACCACCCCCAGGAGGUGUAAAAAUUGCUCCACCGCCCGCGAAAACUCCGACUUCCUCGCCAGCGCACAAACCCGCGCAAGGCCAGCAAAGUCAACAACCGACCAAUCCCGAAUGGGGUGAAUUUGCCAGCGCGUCACAGCAACAAUCAGCAGCUUCUUCAACCCCAACCACCAAUGCAAGCUGGGUACAGUUCUAAUUUCAUUAUAAAUAACAGCGGAAUUGAAAUUAGCGUUAGCCUAGAUUUCCAUAAUAUGUAUAUUUGAAAUAGUAAUGUUAUAUAGACAUAUUUAAAUAACGUUUGAUUGGAUCGAGUCUAUGAAACUGUUAUGUGCCGAAGAAAGAGCAGAAAGUACCUUCAAGUGUAGUUGGAAAUCGAGUUUUUCCCCACAAAUUUUACUGAUUACUUUUUUUAACAUGCGCAUGCGGUGUUAAUUUUAAUAAAAUAUUUAUUUCAAGCGUGGAUAAGAAGUUAAUGGAUGCAAUAUAAAAAAAAAAAAAAAA